CUGUCCAUAAAAGCCCAGAGGAGGGCUGGCUGAGAAGUGUGAAGUCCUGCCUGCACACUUGCAGUCUCAGCUCUACCCCACUGGCACCAUGCUCUACAAGGUUCUGGUCCUCUGUGCUCUGUGUGUCUUGGCUGGGUCUGUGCCCUUACCAGACCUAGCUCCUCGAAAAUUGGUCGCUUACUUGCCUGGAUUGGCUAGCAUUAGAGAUAAGCUCAAUGAUGGAAGAGAUACAAUCAAAGACAAAGAGCCAAUCGUGGACCAAGAUCCAACGUAUGGAGUAGACGUGAUCGAUGGAUCAGAAUUGACCACAGAGAUAUUCCAGCAGGACACACAGAAUUUGAAGCCAAUUGUGGACCAAGAUCCAACGUAUGGAGUAGACGUGAUUGAUGGAUCAGAAUUGACCACAGAGAUAUUCCAGAAGGACACACAGACUUUGAAGCCAAUCGUGGACCAAGAUCCAACGUAUGGAGGAGACGUGAUCGAUGGAUCAGAAUUGACCACAGAGAUAUUCCAGCAGGACACACAGACUUUGAAUCCAGUCGUGGACCAAGAUCCAACAUUUGGAGUAGACGUGACCGAAGGACCAGAAUCGAUAACAAAGAUAUUCCAGAAGGACACACAGACUUUGAAUCCAAUCGUGGACCAAGAUCCAACGUUUGGAGUAGACGUGAUCGAUGGAUCAGAAUCGACCACAGAGACAUUCCAGACGGACACACAGACUUUGAAUCCAAUCGUGGACCAAGAUACAACAUUUGGAGUAGACGUGAUUGAUGGAUCAGAAUCGACCACAGUGAUAUUCCAGCAGGGCACACAGACUUUGAAUCCGAUUGUUGACCAAGACCCAACGUUUGGAGUAGACGUGAUCAAUGGAUCAGAAUUGACCACAGAGAUAUUCCAGCAGGACACACAGACUUUGAAUCCAAUAGUGGACCAAGAUCCAACGUUUGGAGUAGAUGUGAUUGAUGGAUCAGAAUCGACCACAGAGAUAUUCCAGAAGGACACACAGACUUUGAAUCCGAUUGUUGACCAAGACCCAACGUUUGGAGUAGACGUGAUCAAUGGAUCAGAAUUGACCACAGAGAUAUUCCAGCAGGACACACAGACUUUGAAUCCAAUUGUGGACCAAGAUCCAACAUUUGGAGUAGACGUGAUUGAUGGAUCAGAAUCGACCACAGAGACAUUCCAGACAGACACACAGACUUUGAAUCCAAUUUUUGACCAAGAUCCAACCUUUGGAGUAGGUGUGAUCGAUGGAUCAGAAUCGACCACAGAGAUAUUCCAGCAGGUCACACAGACUUUGAAUCCAAUUGUGGACCAAGAUCCAACGUUUGGAGUAGACGUGAUCGAUGGAUCAGAAUCGACCACAAAGAUAUUUCAGAAGGACACACAGACUUUGAAUCCAAUCGUGGACCAAGAUCCAACGUUUGGAGUAGACGUGAUUGAUGGAUCAGAAUCGACCACAGAGACAUUCCAGACAGACACACGGACUUUGAAUCCAAUUGUUGACCAAGAUCCAACCUUUGGAGAUGUGAUUGAUGGAUCAGAAUCAACAACAGAGAUAUUCCAGCAGGUCACACAGACUUUGAAUCCAAUUGUGGACCAAGAUCCAACGUUUGGAGUAGAAGUGAUCGAUGGAUCAGAAUCGACCACAAAGAUAUUUCAGAAGGACACACAGACUUUGAAUCCAAUUGUGGACCAAGAUCCAACCUUUGGAGUUGAUGUGAUCGUGGGAUCAGAAUCGAGCACAGAGAUAUUCCGGAGGGACACACAGACUUUGAAUCCAGUUGUGGAGCAAGAUCCAACUGCUGGCAUAGACGUGAUCGAUGGAUUAGAAUCGACCGGAGAAACAUUCCAGAAAGAUCUACAGACUUUGAAUCCAAUCGUGGACCAAGAUCCAACUGCUGGCGUAGAUGUGAUCGAUGGAUCAGAGUUGAUCAGAGACAUAUUCAGAAGGACACAUAGACUUUGAAAAAGGAAACAGCAACUACAGCAACCAGGACUACCUAUUUGUUAUCUUCUACUUUUUGAGAAGACGUGAAUGUUUGAAGAAGCUAUCAUAAACUACAAGAGAAUGCAUAACUGUAGAAAAGUAGUGAAAAAUUAGAUGUACCCAGCUGAAGAGAAGCAUCAAGACACUGAUCUUGGAUGAAUGUUGUCUAUGGUACCAUGCAUAAGAGAGGGGCGUUUCUUAGUCUGUCUCAUUUAAUAUGGACUUAAUAAAAUUUCACUGAAAUGCA